AUGGAGUCAACCAAGUAUGCCAAAAAGAGAAAGUUCAAGGAUGCCAAUGGCUCCAAAAGCGUCGAGUCAAAGUUAAAGGCGCUUCCCGUUAAGGCACCCAAAUCCAAGAAGCUAAAGCGAGCUGCACCCGAGAUUGCUACUGAAUCCUCGAAUGACGACUCUGAAGCCGAAGAUGACGUCCAAGAACAAGAUUCGGAUGAUAGUGAAAAAGAAGAUGGUCAGGAUGAGGAAGAAAUAGAAGAAGAGGAUGCGAAAGAAAUCUCUGAAUUGAAUAAGAGAGUGGAAGCGGCGAAUGCUGAGGACGAGGACGAUGGUCAAAGUCUUCAAAAUACAGAUUUGCCUACCGAUAGCGCCAUCGCCGCCCUCCAGACUGCGAUCGGUUCUGAUGCGCAAAACUUCGCCGACUUAAACUUGUCAGAAAAGACCAACAAGGCUAUCAAGGAAGAUAUGGGCUUUGAAAAGAUGACAACUAUUCAACGGAAAGCAAUUCCACCUUUACUAGCUGGCCGUGAUGUGCUCGGUGCUGCAAAGACAGGUAGCGGAAAGACUUUAGCCUUCUUAAUCCCAGCGGUAGAAAUGCUGAGCGCACUACGAUUCAAGCCGCGAAACGGAACCGGUGUUAUCGUCGUCUCUCCUACAAGAGAGUUAGCCCUACAAAUUUUCGGCGUUGCCCGCGAAUUGAUGGCGCAUCACUCCCAGACAUAUGGCAUAGUUAUUGGAGGCGCAAACCGCAGGGCAGAGGCCGAAAAGCUAUCCAAGGGAGUGAAUCUCAUAAUUGCGACACCCGGGCGACUCCUAGAUCAUCUACAAAAUACCCCUUUUGUCUUCAAGAAUCUAAAGUCUCUGAUUAUAGACGAGGCCGAUCGUAUAUUAGAAAUAGGUUUCGAAGAUGAAAUGCGCCAAAUCAUCAAGAUCCUACCUAGCGAAGGCAGACAGACCAUGCUCUUCUCCGCGACGCAGACGACCAAAGUUGAAGAUCUUGCCAGGAUUUCUCUUCGACCGGGUCCUCUCUACAUUAACGUCGAUGAAGAGAGUACCAACUCUACCGUUGCGGGGCUUGAGCAAGGAUACGUUACCUGUGAAGCUGAUAAGCGAUUCCUUCUGCUUUUCUCGUUCCUGAAGCGUAACCUGAAGAAGAAGGUUAUCGUGUUUUUCUCCAGCUGCGCCAGUGUCAAUUACUAUGCCGAGCUUUUAAAUUACAUCGAUCUGCCUUGUCUAUCUCUCCACGGCAAGCAGAAGCAACAAAAGCGGACAAACACGUUCUUUGAGUUCUGCAACGCCAAGACGGGCAUCCUUCUAUGUACAGAUGUUGCCGCUCGUGGUUUGGAUAUCCCAGCAGUUGACUACAUAGUUCAAUUUGAUCCUCCCGAUGAUCCCCGCGACUACAUCCAUCGGGUUGGUCGGACCGCACGUGGCGCAAAUUCCAAAGGCCGCAGUCUCCUCUUCUUGCAACCCCACGAGCUUGGUUUCUUGUCUCACCUGAAAGAGGCUCGCGUGCCUGUACUCGAGUAUGAAUUCCCUGCGAAGAAGAUUCUGAACGUCUCUUCGCAACUCGAAAAACUCAUCUCACAGAACUACUAUCUCAACCAGAGCGCCAAGGAUGGUUAUCGGUCAUAUCUGCACGCUUACGCAAGCCAUAGCUUGCGUUCUGUUUUUGAUAUAAACAAGUUGGACUUGAUAAAGGUCGCCAGAAGUUUCGGCUUCUCUACGCCUCCGCGGAUCGACCUCACGUUAGGUGCGAGUAUGAGCAGGGAUAAGAAGGUGCAAGGAAGGAGGGCAUAUGGCAGCCAGCCAAGGCAAGCCCAGAAGUUCAAGAGGCGAUAG